UAUUAUUAUUAGGUGUUGAAAUUACUUCUUGCCCAUAAUUAUAAUUAUUAGUAUUAACUACUGCAGGGGCUGGAAUUGUUGGUUCGUGAUCACUAGUUUCAUUUUGGAGCGUUUGCAUAAUUUCUUGCCCAUAAUGAUCAUUGACUGGAAUUAUUAUUGGUUCAUGGUUGGUUGUAUUUUCAUUUUCGGGUGUUAAAAUAAUUUCUUGCUUAUGAUAGUUAUUCUUAUUAAUUAUUGGAGGUGGAAUUAUUAUUGGUUCAUUGGACGUACUUUCAUUUCUAGGUAUUUGAUCAAUUUGCUCAUUAUUAUUGAUAUCUUGUUCACAAUUUUGAAUAUCCCUAACGAUAGGAAGCUCUUUUUCUUCUUGGCUGUAAUCAUUAUUAUUAUCAUUUUCAUAAAUAGUUUUUUGUUUAUUCUUAUUCCAUUUAUAUAUCAAGAAACUUCCAACUAAUAAUAAAAUACCACUUAAUAAAGAUCCCACAAUUAUACCAGCU